AAAUUUAUUCCAAAGUAGAAGUUGGGGGAAAUGUACUUUCUGGGUAAUAAGAUUACUGCAAUUUCGGUAACAUCAGGAAUUGUGAGUUGUCUCUGAGUUUUUGAUUCUUGUAGUCAAGUAACUUGUGUGCUGUAUCUGUAAUGCCGAUGCUGUCUGCGACAAAGCUUGUGCCACCACUGGGUCAACACUAACCUCUGGGGGCACUGUACAUUCUCUGGGUACUGGCUUGUCCACCCAAGGGGGCCACAUGCGACUCCUGUUCCUGGUGUGUACACUUAGUUUGCUUUCAGAUCUGUCAGCCUGGUAGACUUGGCUCAGCUGGACCUUGGUUCUGCUAGUUUUACUAAUAAACUCUCCGUAUGAGCACACCCUUGAUUCAGCUCUUCCAUUUACGGGGACCUGGCCCAAAAGAAUUACUGCUGGCAAACAACUACAACGAUCUCAAAGGCCGAAAAUGGAGGACUGACUGCAGAGUCUUGGGCAAUCACUGAAAACAGUGUGGCAGGAAUCUGCCGAAAUACAUGGAGACAGUCACGAUACACAGUGAGAAAAGGCUAGGAAAGUGUGUGGUAUGAAUAACUUCUAUUUAAAAGAUCACAAUUACAUGCAUAGAUUUGGAAGAAUGUACACCAAAUGCUUAGCUUUGUCUCUGGGUGUAUGAAAUUUGGGGUGUUCUUUUUUUUGGCUUAUGCAUAUUUUCUGACUUCUAUCAUAAACAGGUAUUGCUUAAGCAUUUUUAAAAAGAAGUGUUAUUACAAGAUAAAAGGAGUUAUAAUAGCAUGACAUUUUAUAAACAAAUCCAAUUAUAACACUUCUUCAUAAUAAACUACGUAUGUGGGGGUUUCAUAAUAACUAAAUGUUUGAAGUUUUAAAAUACAUAUACUUAAAAGAUGCAGCCUGCACUGUGGCCAAGACUUCAGGUUUUGGUCUUGGGCUAGCUGGGUGACAUCUUGGCUUUGCUACUCAGCUUGAGUGACUGUAGAGCCAGGCUAGCUAUGUCUCCAUCUGUGUAACAGGAAUGGGAAUGAUAACACCAACCUAAGAGCUUUGAUGAGGAUUAAAUAACACACAGAAAGCUCCUGGCACAGUGCCUCAUAGUACUAAGUGCUCAGUGAAUGUUAGGAGCCAGCAGGUGGCUUCCGCUCACUCCGAUAGCUGUGCUGUGCAUCUCACCCAGCUUUUCGUCAGAGAAGAGAGCAAGUGAGAGCCAGAGCACUCCCAGGCCACCCAAAUUCCCUGAAGCCUCCUUAUCAUUGGGUGGGAGGUACACCUGCUGAUGAUUAACUCUGUUAAUAGAGCACAGUGCUCAUGAGGUGCCAGGUCAAAGACCAAGGUCUGAGGCCCCUUGGCGAGGAACUGUCCCUUCUAACCACUACUGGGGGGAAAACAAUACUUUUAGGCCACAUAAAAGACAGCAUAUUUAUUUGAGAAACAAUAGUUUCAAAGUUUUCUCUCCAAAUCAGAAUCUAUGGGCCAGAAUAAGUAAAGGAGUGAGGUCAUCAUUAAUUACUCCCUAAGUAACACUUUUAAUUGUGUGGAGCAGUGGUUUUCCAUGAUAAGAAUCACUUGGAGUGCUGGAUAUCAAUUCCAUUAAUUCAUACAUUGGGCCUGGGAUGGGCCAGUAACUUGGAAAUUUUUAUUUUUACAAAUAUCUCCGGAUAAUUUUCAUGAUUAAGCAAAUUUGGGAAGCACCGAUGAAUCGUGCUAAUCCACUUCCUUUGCAGAUUUUAGUCUCCAAAACCCAGUCCCAGAGUGAUCCACUGAACCAAUCCAGAUUUAGCAAAGGAAAAGUCUUCUGAACAUUUGGCCCGUUGUUUCCGAGAAGGCACUAUUUCUCAUUUCCAUUUCUGGCCCAGCUCUUCUAGAUCAGGUUUUUUUGGACAGUCCAUCUUCCUCGAGUUGAAACACUGUAGUCCAAUCAUUUUUUUUAAUUGGCUUCUUAUUAAAGGAUUGUCACGUUUAAUUAAACUUUGCUUGCUUUUGUCUUAUUCCCUUGGAUCAUGUGUUAAGAAGUUAGGGUGCUUUGUACAGACUCAAUAUUCUGGCCUUUCCACCUUAAAUCUCAUACUGACGACCCCGUGUAUGCCAGCAUGGAUCUCAUCGUUUUCUUUAACUGGACCCACUCCCUUUGGCGUCCCGGUCAAGAUAAUAUCUCCUUUUUCCAAGGUCAUUAUCUUCGAAACGUAGCUGAUGAUGUAGGGGAUGGAAAAAAUCAUGGAGGAUGUCUCACCCUCCUGCCGGAGUUCGCCGUUGACCUUGAGCCAGAGCUUCAGGUUGUGAGGGUCAGGGAUCUUCUCCUUGGGUACGAACGCACUGACCGGGCAGGAGGCCGUGAAGCUCUUGGCCAGAGUCCAGGGCAGCCCCUUCUUCUUGCACUCGUCCUGCACGUCCCUGGAAGUCAUGUCCAGGCAGAGAGCAUAGCCGGCCACGUAGUCCAUGGCCGCGACCUCCGAGACGGCGCGGCAGCGCUGGCCCAUCACCACGCCCAGCUCGAGCUCGUGGUGCAGGUUACGGCUGUAGGAGGGUAUGAGGACCGGCGAGCCCUCGGGGGCGUAGGCGGUGGACGGUUUCAGGAAGAGCACCGGCUCGCUCAGCACCGUACUCUGCAUCUCCUUGACGUGGUCCGCGUAGUUUCUGCCCACGCACACGAUGUUCUUUCCCCACUCCCAGAAGCGGGACAGCGGCCUGGCGGCAGCCAUGUUCCCUACCCGGCGCCCCGGGGUCACGUGGACUCCGCCUGGCCGGACGCCUACGGUUACCCGGAGAGGACCGGAGAGGACCAACGGCCUCGGAGCGCUGGCCCCACACCCCCCGACUCCCGGGGUCCGGGAGUCGCGCUCGUCCUCUCGGGAGCCGCUACCCAGUGGCUGCCUCAGGACUGCUCGGCCUCGGGACGCGGCCUGGUCUCGGGACAGAGGCGGAGGUGCGGCGGUAGCCACCUCGCAAGUCGCCCUCAGGUCCCGGCGGCCCGGCGCAGGGCUGGCACAGGUCCAGCCCUGCUGGGACUCCUUCUCCAUCACACAGACUCCAGGAAGAGCUUGACCGUGGAACAGGGCGCCAUGAAGGUUGAAUCGCUGCCUGCUCUGACCGACAAUUACAUGUACCUGGUCAUUGAUGAUGACACCAAGGAGGCCGCCAUUGUGGACCCAGUGCAGCCCCAGAAGGUUGUAGAAACGGUGAGAAAGCACGGGGUAAAGCUGACCACGGUGCUCACCACCCACCACCACUGGGACCACGCUGGUGGGAACGAGAAGCUGGUCAAGCUGGAGCCUGGGCUGAAGGUGUAUGGGGGCGAUGACCGGAUCGGGGCUCUGACUCACAAGGUCACACACCUGUCCACACUGCAGGUGGGCUCUCUCAGCGUCAAGUGCCUGUCGACGCCGUGCCACACUUCGGGACACAUCUGCUACCUGGUGAGCAAGCCCGGCAGUUCCGAGCCCCCGGCCGUGUUCACAGCCCCUCCAGCCCCUGUCCUGUUCGCAGGUGACACCUUGUUUGUGGCUGGCUGCGGGAAGUUCUACGAAGGGACAGCGGACGAGAUGUACAAAGCCCUGCUCGAAGUCCUGGGCCGACUCCCUCCAGACACACGCGUGUACUGUGGCCACGAGUACACCGUCCAUAACCUCAAGUUUGCGCGCCACGUGGAACCCGCCAACACCGCCAUCCAGGAGAAGCUGGCCUGGGCCAAGGAGAAGCACAGCCUCGGGGAGCCCACGGUGCCGUCCACCAUCGCGGAGGAGUUCACCUACAACCCGUUCAUGCGAGUGAGGGAGAAGACAGUGCAGCAGCACGUGGGCGAGACGGACCCCGUGACCACCAUGAGGGCCAUCCGCAAGGAGAAGGACCACUUCAAGGUGCCCCGGGACUGAGGUGCCACCGCCGUCGCCACCUUCAAGCACACUCGGGUAUUGGGACGCGUUAGAUGAAUUUCCGGCUGGGGUGCAGGCCAUGCAGCCUGUGUAAUUUUAAAUUAAUUUCAGAGCGCUUCGCCUGUGUUAUCCAAUGUUCUAAUGCAUAUUUAUAAGUGAAAAGGUUGAGAAAGUC